AUUGGAGAUUUGUAGAGCUGGAGAGUGAAUGGGCUGCCAUUUCUGUGCCUCAGAAAACGGACUGAGACUGAGGAUUCUUCUCGACUCAGAUGGUACCAUGUUUCUUUCUAAGAACUCAAACAUUACCAACCUCUGAAUUAUAUGAAUGGACAUGUGAAGUUUUGGAGAUCCCUAAACAAAUGGCCAAGAGGCUACUUGUAACCUAUGCUCUUUGGGCAAUAGGAGGUCCUGCUGGGCUCCAUCAUUUAUACUUGAGACGUGAUAGCCAUGCCUUAUUAUGGAUGCUUACCUUGGGAGGUGGUGGGUUGGGUUGGCUCUUGGAGUUCUGGAAGCUUCCCAGCUUUGUGGCACAAGCCAACCAAGUCCAAGGGCAAAAGAAAAGUCAUGAAGAACUGAUACCUAGCCUGAGUCCAUUGCGCUUUAUGGCCCAGAUCCUAGUAGGCAUCUAUUUUGGUUUUAUGGCCCUGAUUGGCCUCUCUUUCAUGACCAGCUUCUAUAUUGUAGGUCUUCCAUUAGCUGUUGGUUUAGGGGUAUUACUAGUUGCCACUGUGGGCAACCAGACUUCGGACUUUAAGAGUACUUUAGGGGCAGCAUUUUUGACUUCUCCUCUUUUCUAUGGACGCCCCAUAGCCAUUCUACCCAUCAGCCUGGCUGCCAGCAUCACAGCACAAAGACAUCGUAGAUACAAGGCCCCUUUGAAGACUGAGACUCUCACUUUAAGACUCUACCGCUUGGGACUUGCUUACCUGGCUUUCACUGGCCCCAUAGCCUACAGCACCUUCUGCAACAUGGCUAACACUAUCCAGCUUGGAACAGAGACCCUUGGCUCCUUCUUGUACUGGUUUACCCUAUUCCCGGUCUUCAGCCGUGUCAUGGAGUCAAUCCUUAUCCUACCUUACCAGAUCUGGCUUCUGGUGGGGAAUCCUAAUUCUGGCAGCUUCUCUUUCCAGGAGUGGGAGAAAAUAUUUGAGUUUGUCAGAAGCUUUCAGAAUGAGAAACAGCAGCUAGCUUAUCAGGUUUUGGGUCUUAGUGAUGGGGCGACAUCUGAUGAAAUCAACAGGAGCUAUCGGGAAUUAGUGAAGAUCUGGCACCCAGAUCACAACCAGCACCAGGUGGAGGAAGCUGAGAGACAUUUCUUAGAGAUCCAGGCUGCUUAUGAAAUCCUCAGUAAGUCUAGGAAGUCCAGAGACUCAUGACAAGCUGGAAAAAGGACGCAAUGAAGUAUCAAGAAGCCUGGCCUUUGCCAUGAGCUCUUCCUGGGAAAAUCCAUCUCUGUAGGUUUGCUCACUGUGUUUCUCCUGAGAGAAUCAAGGGAGGGACUGGUACAUGAAGUGACUAUUAUUUGGGGAGGAAAAGGCUUUACUGGGAUUGGGCAUGUGGAUGUGUGGCAAAAUUUUUAAUCUCAUGGUAUUUUUUUCAUUAUGUUUAAAGCCUAAAUAACAAUGGGAUAAGAGGAAUGCUAUGAAACAAAGAAAAUAAUCUUUUUCAUGAUACAUAUCAUCUACUUUGACCCCCUUCUCCAUAUUCUGGAGAAAGUAGUUUUCAAAAGGUAAACUCAAGGUAUCUAUUACCAUUUAUCCAUUUAACAAAUAUUUAUUGUCUAUGUAGAGCACUGUAUCAGGCACUUUUGGAUAUACAAAAACAGUUUAUUUUCCUCCCAAAAAGUGUAUACAAAUAAAUAUGGUACAACACAGAAAAUGCCAUGUUCCACGAGAAAAAUAGAGUGCUUUGGGAAUUAGGAGGCAGAAAUUAAAUCUGUUUGGGAGGAUUAGGGAAAGCUUUAGUAAUCCCAUUACUUCUAUAUUUCAUCCGCCAAAUAGAACUAUUGAUCAACCAUUCAGCAAAGAUUGAUUAAGUGUUUAAUAUAUGUCAGGCAAUAUAUUAGGGGCUCAGGAUACAAGGAUAAGAAUGAAACAAUUCUGCCCACAAGAAGCUUACAUAUGGAAGGAAAUACAAAAUCCAGGACUAUCAAAAGUAAUUUUUGGUAGAGGGCUGAAGCCACUACCAGCUUGAGGGAUCAAUAAAUGGACAUAAUUAUGAUUAUGUAGGACCAGUGAUGAAGCAGAGAUGUGACAGUUAGGAUGCAGAAUGAAACACAUGUUUUUGCACAUGGGCAAUGUAGGAAUUGAUUUUGCCUGAUCACGCUUAUUUAUUACAAAGGUUUUCUUUUCCUUUGUUUUCCAAUGGGGAAAGAGGUAGGGGGAAAAAAGAAAUAAAAGCUUGUUGGUUUUUUUAAAGGCAUUUUGGGAGAAAUAUCAUGGAGUUAGGAUCUUGAACAGGCUCUAUUAUCCUAUGGAAUUUCUAGGUUGCUUCCUUUCUCUUCCUUUCCUUAUGUCUUAUUUUUUAAUAUUGAAAAAUAUUGUUUUUACAUGUAAUAUAUAUAUAUAUAUAUACAUAUAUAUAUAAUACAUUUAAUAUAACAGUAAGGGGCUAUCCUAUGCAUUCCAUGGAGCACACUCUGAAUUGCCCUUCCUGGUUAUGGCCACCUACAUUGAGAUCUGCUUUGUGCUAUGUGCUGAUGAAGAGUUAAAAGGCCUGGGUAUUUUUCCAUGUGUGGCAAACCUAGUCUUUGCCCUUUGCUUCCACCCUGCUCAGUUGUAAAUACAAAAUAGACACUUUUCAAAAAACACUUUUAUAAAUAUCUCUUGAAAACUAGCAUAUUGGUUGUUAAUAGAAAGAUAUGCACUUUAAUUAAAAUAAUUGACCCACAAUUUUUUGUCU